AUGGAUAGGAAGUUGGCGCACGACUACUCCACCUGCGGUUGCAGGUGCUGCGCCAUCCUAGGCAAGCUCUCGGGUUUCCUGCUUCGAGCAGGGACUCGGGAGGAGGUCCGGCUGUUCGCGGCUCCCAUCCUGGAGGCCGUGUACACUCAGGUCCUCGAGAAGGCACUGAGCCAGCCUGAGGUUGCAGGACCUCCUCCUGGAACUUCCCGAGAGGCCAGUGGAUCUGGCUCGGGGGCGGCGGCCCCUGGUGGUGCGGGAGAGGCGUCUCCUGGCAAGGCGGGAGCUCCAGCUCCUGAGGCUACAAGGGCUGCAGAGAGCCCUCCGCCUGAAAAAGAAGAGGGCGGGACAUCCAGCAAAGGGCGAGGGUUGCCACCUCUCGCCCGGCUGAGGAAGAGAGAUCGACGAGACGGAGAGGGUCCUUUCGUUGAGACCAAGGUCAAAGAGGAGCAGCCGGUGGACAAGAAGGAGCCCUCGAGGACGUUGAGGAGAAGCGAUCCGACAAGAAGAGAGAGAAAGAGAGAGGCCAUAAGUCCAGAGGAUCGAAGGAGGGUCGUGAAGAAGAUCGUCAGAGAAAGAGAUCAAGAGAGCGAGGCAGGACACGGAGGUCGAGGAGCAGGUCACGAAGGAGAGACAGGAGGCGGAGAGAAAAGACACCGCCCAAGAGCCCUUCCGUUGGUGCAGACCUACAGCAGGAAGGAGGCGAGAGACCGGGAGAUCGCUGAGGAGGAGACAGAAGAGCGGCCGAAAGAUCGACCAAAGCCCAGGGAACCAGAGGGGCCACCUCCUGGGUUCGGGAGGGGCCGCUGGAGUGGAAACUCCUGGGGUGACGGGAGCAAGCCGAAGAAGAAGAAGUCCAAGGGCAAGAAACACGUCCUCAGGAACCAGGACUAUUGGCGCAGUUGGAGAGAGAGGCAGAGAGGAGAGAUCGAGGAGCCGUGGGUGACUGCAGAGGAGGUCACGUUGGCACAGAUGGAAGGUUGGGCUCAGAUGCGUGUACAGGGAGAGUAUUGGGAGGAGGCCGUCGACUGCACCGUGGAGAUGAUCGAGCUGAAGGCCAGCAGGGGAGACCGAGAGCUCCUAGCCAAGGCAGUGGGCACCUCAAGCGAGGCCCUCCUCCGCUACAUCAGCGGGGUGCCGGAGAAGUCCGUUCGGCUUCAUCUGUGCGGGCGAAGGUGCGACAGGAGGACUUGGGAAGACGGGCUGAUCCAUGUCACCCAGGUCAAGCAACAUCGUUCCGGAGAAGUGGCUUGGGAGAAGAAUUUAGAGACCAGUCGAGCAGAGGCAGAGAGAGACGAAUUAGAACGCGUUCGACUAGAAGCUGCAGCCCGCGGAAAAGGACGAGGACUUCCAGCCGGACCACGACCCGAUGCAGAGAAGGACCACGCCCCUGGGGAAUCGGGGGACUCCGAGGAGCGAAAGAAAAAGAAAAAGAAGAAGAAAAAGGCCAAGUUGAGGAUCGAGGCAGUGAAAGACCAUACCAUCAUCUUCAAGAAUACGGGCAUGGACGCGGAUCCCAUGAAGCGGAAGAGGUUCAGGUCAGCGGUCAGCGAAGGAGAAGACUAUUUUGGGGAGCUGUUCACGCCGCAGACCAGCACACAGAGGAUGUGGGAAAGGCUGCCAGGUGUAUUAACGGCCCAGCUGUUACAAGAUGCCCAACGCAGCAUGCUAUUACAGAUGGGGAGUAUGGCUUCGACUUCAGGGCAGUUGCAACCGCUGACAUCCCAAUACGUGAGGCAGCAGAUGGGAGCAUCCAUGUCGCCAGUGAUCUACAGAGAAGCCAUCCAUUGGGCUGCAACCCUGGACCUGAUGGUCCAGGGAAAGGUGGCCUCAGCCUGCGACGUGAUGUCACAGAGACUGAAAUCGUUGGAGGCGCUAGCAAAAGGCAUGAAGGUCGACUUGAUAAAACAGCUGGAGUUGAUUCAGGUGGACAACUAUGGGCUGGCCAGUUCAAGCGAGCUCCACCAGGCAGGCAGGACAGCGCACGAGGAGAACAAGAUCUAUGGCAAGGCCACCGGACGAGUUCCCGAGUACAGAGAUCGCUUCAGGGAGAAAGGAAAAGUGAAAGGCGAGAAAGGGGAGACCAAGGACAAGGAUCGCGAGAAGGAGAAAGGAAAGAAGGACAAAGGAGAAGGGAAGAAGAAGCAUUAG